CCCUGCGGUACCUCCAAGACCCAAGAGAUUAAGCAGACGGACGACUCCAGCGACAUCAAGUAUGGCAUUGACAGUACAAGACACCACCGGAGAUCUUCCCGCAUGCCCGGUCCGAGAGGCCAGCGAGCCUUUGGCUGACUAUCGUGGGCGGCUACAGGCAUUUACAGACGCCGUAGCCGCCGCCGAGGCUCAGCAGGCUGCGGCAGAGGCAGAACGUCAGCGGUUGGCCAAUGAGGCGGCAGCCGAAGCUCAGCGGACAGCUGAGACUGACGAAGCGGCACGAAAUAGACGGAAUGCCGCCAGCACGGAGUCCCUGAUUACUAGUGAGCAUCAGUGGACAACGAUACUCCAAGGCAUGAUCUUUGUGCCUACGGAAACGCAGGCGGAGCCAACACAGGUGGAGGCAGAGAGAAGUAACCUGGCUACCGUGAUGUUGAACCAACAGCAACAGCAACAGCUGAUGAACUCUACCAUCGCACGCAUCAACGGCAUUGAAGCCAAGGCCUCAGCAGCGCCAGGCUGCACGACAGACGCGACGAAGCAAAUCGACAAACGCAUCGAUCACGUCGUCACCAUCAUCUACGACAUAGGUGGUUUCAACGGACCGGACACGAUCAGCAGCACGGUGGCCGCCAUCAAGACGGACAUCACCAAGCUGCAACGUUUCCUCACGGAAGCGUCAUGCCGCACUGUCCCGGCGAACGACAUGUUGAAGGCACUCUAUUUGCAACUGAUUGGAGGAGCGCAGGCAUGGAUGAACCACCUGGCGGCUACCCACAAGUGCACCAUCGCCGAACUCCACACGCACAUCACGUGGAAGGAGUUCGAGCAGCUAUGGUUCACCCGAAUCAUGGUCCGCAACGUCGUGAAGGCGGUCAUGAAUGAGGUGUACACAUGCUCUCAGCGGAACAUGCCAACUCGAGACUGGACAACGAAGUGGCAAAAGAUAGCUCCCACCGGAACGGUUCCGGAUCGGCCCAUACGUCACGGGAUCACUCUCGAGGCUGGCGCCGCCCCUCCGCGUGGAUGUAUCUACCGCAUGAGCGAAGACGAACUCGAGGUGCUUCGUGCACAACUCGAUGAUCUUCUCGACAAGGGCUGGAUUCGCCCUAGUUGCUCGCCAUACGGUGCACCUGUUCUCUUCGUCCGGAAGAAGAAUAAAGACCUACAGUUAUCCAUCGACUAUCGAAAACUUAACGCACAAACCGUAAAGAACGCCGGCCCUCUCCCUCGGAUUGAUGAUCUCCUUAAGCGGUUAGGCGGCGCGACGUACUUCUGGAAGUUGGACUUGAAGUCAGGUUACCACCAGAUUGAAAUCCAGCCUCAAGACCGGUACACGACCGCGUUCAAGACGCGGUACGGGCAUUUUGAGUGGGUCGCCAUGCCAUUUGGACUCACCAAUGCCCCCGCAACGUUUCAAGCAGCGAUGACGACUGAGUUUCGCGACUUGCUCGAUCGCAGCGUCCUCAUCUACCUGGAUGACAUCUUGGUUUAUAGUAGGACGUUGGACGAGCACAUCGUACACCUUCGYGUUGUUUUGAAUCGUUUGCGACUAGCCAAGUACAAAGCGAAUCUCGACAAGUGCGAAUUCGCCAGGCAAGAGCUUGAGUACUUGGGCAAUUUUGUCACGCCGAAAGGCAUUCGUCCCUUAGCGGACAAGAUCCAAGCCAUCAUAGAUUGGCCGGAACCCCGUUGCACGACGGAUGUACGCUCUUUCAUGGGUUUGGCUGGAUAUUAUCAGCGAUUCGUCGAGUCAUACUCGAAAGUGGUCGCCCCUUUGUCGAGACUUCAGUCCCCGAAGGGUGUUCUUGAAGAUAUAGUGAGCGACCGAGAUACUCGCUUCAUGUCGACCUUUUGGACUUCUCUCAUGACUGAGUCCGGCAUGACAAUGAAGCCGAGCUCGGCUCGGCACCCGCAGACGGAUGGUCAGACGGAACGAGCGCACCAGACCGCUCAGAUGAUGUUGCGUACGCUCAUCUGUCCCGAGCAGAAAGAUUGGGUUGACUGGCUUGCCGACAUCGAGUUCGCCUACAACACUUCGGUGCACCCGACGAUCUGCGUCACACCAUUCGAGCUACAUCAUGGUGGAGAGAAAGCACGGAUCUUCGCUGAUCUCCUUUUGCCACAAGCUGCCGUCAUAGACGUCCCUUGCUCUCCCGCUUCCAUCCGGAAGUACCGGGACGUGCUGAUCAAAGCCCGCGCAAAUAUGGAAAAGGCUCAGAUCCGCAUGCAGCAGCAAGCUAACCGACGUCGACUUCCAUGUCCUUUCCGCGAGGGAGACCGUGUUUGGGUCCUCUCUGAGGAAUUUGCGCUCGAGCAGGAUGUUUCGCGCAAACUCCUUCCGAAAUGGUUCGGACCAUGGGAAGUCACUUCUGCCGUUGGAGACGACCCCGCAGGUCCUUCCUUCGUGAUCAACAUUCCACCGCACCUAACAGUGCAUCGGGUCUUCCACGCAUCAAAGCUGGCCAUCUACACGCCACCUUCAGCUGACGAGCUCCCCGGACGUCGAUCAUAGGAUCCGCCUUCUAUGAACGGACAUCAGGAGGUUGACCGAGUCAUCACACACCGCAAGUAUGGCAACAAGCC